AGUACAGUGAGAAGCGUGUAGCUCGCUCUGGCGCGCGAGGUUGGCUAAGUGUUAACAAAUUGAAUCCUUAACCUCACUUUCGUUAUAACGUAAUUAUUGUAUAAUAAAAUAAUUGAAUUUGAAAUCUAGUUUGUAAUAAUAUUAAUUUUGUUGCCAAUAAACUAUGAAUAUAUAAGUUUAUAGUAUUUCAUGUUAUCAGUGCUUAUUGAAUGUAUGUUAAAUAAUACAUGACCUGAAAGCGAUAAAUAUAGAAGAAACAUGCUACGUACAGUAAUAGAUAGAAGAUUAAUCUGCACUGCGUUUUUCCCAUUUGCUUCUUCGUCCGACAACACUUCCAAUGAUAGGUGGAUAGAUACAUCCAAAGUAAAAGGAUUUUUAGGCAAAUACAGAUGUUACUUUUAUGACGAAAAAGGGUAUCCAACCAAAGAGGUACAAUCAGUCUUCAAUGCAACAUGUGCAGGGAGUGCAACAGGAUUUGUCUUGGGGGCAUUAUAUAAAUUAAAAGACGUGCCACAAACAUUCAAACAUGAGAAUCAAGCUACAUUAUAUGAAAACAAGUUUGAAUAUAAAAAGAAUCUGCAAAGAAGAAUUGAAAUUGUUACGUUUAAAGCAGGUUUUCCAUUUGCCAUGAAAAUUGGACUGUUUUGUUUCUUAUUCUCGAGCAUGUCUUCAUUCUUCUAUGUAUAUAGGGGAUACAAAUUUGAUAUACUAAAUUCCACGUUUAGUGGUGCUAUAACUGGUUUCAUAUUCAAAAUGAAUAUGGGUAUAAAGGGAUUAAUUUCAGGAACUAUAAUAGGUACAAUAUUGGGUACCUUUUAUGGCUCUGUCACAAAAUUCCUUUUAUGGAUAACUGGAUCUGAAAUGGAGAACGCUUAUGAAGCUGGAAGCAAAUUAAUGAACAUAAGACGAGAUAAAAUAAAAGAACAUGCAAAGUCCAUGAAUGCAAACGAAUUAUCAGAACUGCAAAUGAUGUAUAUUAAGAAUCAAGAAGCGAAUGAAGCACUUAAUAAGGAGAAGAAAGAGUAAGAAUUUAAAAGAUAAAAAUUUAAUAACGAAUGUAUAUAUCUUAUUAACAUAUAUCUAUUAAUUUAUGUAAUUAUUACAUGAAAUAUUAUGUAAUAAUAUUUAUAUUUGAUAAAUACAAAACAUGUAUAGAA